UGCAGGUCGAACAAUCGAAUUCGACGCUCAUAUCAGCACUUAAAACCAGAACAACCAAAAGAAUCCUCAAAUAAAUUUCUUACCUCCGAGCAAAAUAUUUUCAUCAUCGAUGGACAUUGUGCCAGAAUCGUGCCGGUUGUGCCUGUCGGUCAGCGAACCAACAUGCCCGAUCUAUGAGCGUCUCAGCCUUGCAGAAAUCACCGAGCUCCUUCAGGACACUCUGGGCAUUCAGAUUUCCAGCUCGGAAGAAUAUACAAACAUUUGCAAUGGUUGCGAAAUGAAGGCUAAACUUAUGUUCAACAUUUCCAAUGAGUUCCGGCAAGCUGAUAAGCUGUUUUGUUCCUUCUUAGAUCAAAUGCGAUCUUCACAAGGGAUGCCACUGAUCGAAGAAGACAAGGAUACCAUCAAGAUCGUUACUGUUAUGCCUCUGGAGCCCAUCGUAGAGGAAAAACUGGAAACAGAAAUCGAAAUCACCGAAAUUGUUUCCAUUGCUCAGAUCGAACAGAGUCCAGAAGCAGAUAAUAGCGACCUGGUUAUCAUCAAACCAGGUUACAGCGAUAGCGAAGAUGAGGCAGGCGAUGAUCACGAUGAUGCGGAUGUAUCAUUUCCGGAUCCAGAUUACUCCAGUGAUGAAGAAAAACCUUCCACAUCAAAGCUUCUAACUUGCUACGUGUGCAAGGGGUUCAAUGGAACUGAGCGUGCACUGGGUGCGCAUUUACAGGAUCAGCACAGCUCUUUGUCGCCAUAUUACUGCGACCGAUGCCUGGUAGGAUUCGAAGAUAUGAUGGCCAUCAAUUACCACUAUCAGUCGCACGAGUUCCCUUACGGUUGUCUGUUUUGCGAAGAGUUGUUCGGCUCGGAGACUGAAUUAGAUACGCACUACAAAUCCUGCAUAGGAUACCAAUGCUCACACUGUCUGAACCACUUUCAGUUCGUUCAGAAUCUUAAGGAUCAUGAUUGCAAAUCUAGCAAAUACAAACGAAUGCGCGUGGUUACCACAAUGGUUGGCGCCCGUCGGCAUCAGACACGGUUCAUUCCGCAGAUUUGCGGAAUGUGCAAUGAGGACUUAGGCAAGAACCACCGUCUGGCCUAUCAUUUCGAAAGAGAACACGAGAACUGCCAGCUGCAGCUCUUCAGUUGCGACAUUUGCCCUAAAAAAUUUACCAUGCUUAUGGCGGCCAGACUUCAUCGACUCUCGCACAAAAAAGACGCCUUUGGCAAACAGCGAAAGGCUCCUGUGACCGAACGAAACGAAUGCACCAUCUGUUCCCGAGAGUUUAGAUUCAACAAAGAGCUAUUGGCUCACAUCGAAGCCGAACAUGCCGACUCCGGGGUGGAAUUCCAUCAAUGUACAAAAUGUGAGCGAAAGUUCACCUCCGAGGCAAAACUGCUCAAGCACGACUACAAUACCCACCAGGGUAAGCAGCCGCAGUUUUUCUGCUCGUUCUGUGGGCGGGUUUUCAACAAAAAACUGGGACUGAAAGAUCACGAGAAUCUCCACCGGGGAAUCACCGAGUAUCAUUGUAAAGACUGUAAUAAGAACUUCACCUACAAAAGCACUUACGAUCGUCAUAUGCAAGUGGUUCAUAGUGAUGCCAAGCAAUUCGCUUGCGAAUACUGCCAUAAGAGUUUCAAACGGAAACCAACGCUCAAGGUGCAUUUGCGGUUGCACACCGGAGAAAAACCAUACCAAUGUGAGUACUGCAGCCGGAGAUUUGUUGAUCCCAGUUCAUUCCAUAAGCACAAAACCAAGGAACACGGAUGGAAGAGUAACUAUUAAACCGCGCGAUAAGUGAAUUGCAUAGGUUUAGACAUAUUAAUGUGAGUACAUACUUGUAAUAGGUGUUUCAUAACGUAGAAGCAUUAUGAAGUGGCGAAACAGCGCGGUAUUUGUUCAACUACCAAGGUGUUUGGCGUUAACCCGUUUUAUAACUGUAUCAUCAAUAAAUAGCUAUACCCGU